GCGACGGGGGUGGCGGUAGUGCGGGCCGGGGAAACUUUGCCCCUUUGUGCGCUCCGCCCCGGAGGCGGCGGCGGGCAGACAGUGCCUCCCUGCUCCACCGGCCUGACUUGGGGACAUAGCAAAAGAAACUCACUUGCUGCGCCCUGCCCCGCUGCACACCCACUUGCAUACCUCAUGCCCGGCUCUAGGGUGGUCAAGGGUGAAGCACCCCCCCAGUCAAGAUGAUCCCUUCCCUGGGAGCUGGCGCUGGUGUCCUACCCGCGAUCCUGGGCCCCAGCAGGUGGGAGAGCUGCUCCCUGCGGAGCCCUAGCUGGAGGCUGCAGAGGAGGUGAACAGGAGAGCUGUGCAACGCCCCCUCUGACUCUCAGGCCCCACCCUGGAGGGGCGCUCCUGGCCCUCACCCUUAUAGGUGCUAUACUGUUGUAGGAUAAGAAGGACCUGUUGGUGGCCCUUGGCAGACCACCGUAGAGCCGUCCGGUGCUUGGGUCCCAGCCCUAUCUAUGCCCUCACCUCUGGCUGCGUCAUGAGUCAAUUUCAGGUGCCCCUGGCCGUCCAGCCGGACCUGCCAGGCCUCUAUGACUUUCCUCAGGGCCAGGUGACGGUAGGGGGCUUCCAGGGGUCUGGGCUGCCUGUGCCUGGGAGCGAAGCCCAGCUCCGAGGGGUUGGCGAUGGGCGAAAGAAGCGGAAGCGGUGUGGGACAUGUGAGCCCUGUCGGCGACUGGAGAACUGUGGGGCGUGCACCAGCUGCACCAACCGCCGCACGCACCAGAUCUGCAAACUGCGCAAGUGUGAGAUGCUCAAGAAGAAAGCGGGGCUCCUCAAGGAGGUGGAAAUAAAGGCUGGUGAAGGAGCGGGGCCGUGGGCACAAGGGGCGACUGUCAAGACAGGCUCAGAGCUCAGCCCAGUGGAUGGACCUGCUGCAGGUCCGAUGGACUCAGGGCCAGUGUACCAUGAGGACUCAAGGCAGCUAAGCACCUCAGGGGCUCCGGUCAAUGGUGCUAGAGAGCCCGCUGGACCCAGUCUGCUGGGGACUGGGGGCCCUUGGCGGGUAGACCAGAAGCCCGACUGGGACGCUGCCCCAGGCCCAGCCCACGCUGCCCGCCUGGAAGAUGCCCACGACCUGGUGGCCUUUUCGGCCGUGGCCGAAGCUGUGUCCUCUUAUGGGGCCCUUAGCACCCGGCUCUACGAAACCUUCAACCGUGAGAUGAGUCGCGAGCCUGGGAACAGUGGCAGGGGGUCCCGGCCAGGGCCCGAGGGCUGCUCUGUGGGCAGCGAAGACCUGGAUACACUGCAGACGGCCCUGGCCCUGGCCCGGCAUGGCAUGAAGCCGCCUAACUGCAACUGCGAUGGCCCAGAGUGCCCUGACUACCUCGAGUGGCUGGAGGGGAAGAUCAAGUCUGUGGUCAUGGAAGGUGGGGAGGAGCGGCCCCGGCUCUCCGGGACUCUUCCUCCUGUCCCUGGCGAAGCCGGCCUCCCAGCUGUGAGUGCCAGGCCACUGCUCAGCUCCGAAGCUCCCCAGCAGCCCCCCUCAGAGGGCCUGCCCCUGUCCCAGAGCGCCCUGAGCAUUGCCAAGGAGAAGAACAUCAGUUUGCAGACCGCCAUCGCCAUCGAGGCCCUCACCCAGCUCUCCUCUGCCCUCCCCCAGCCUUCCCAUCCUUCCUCCCAGGCUGCCUGCCCCCUCCCCGAGGCCUUGUCCCCUUCCACUCCUUUCCGGUCCCCCCAGUCCUACCUCCGGGCCACUUCCUCGUGGCCCGUGGUUGCCCCUGAGGAGCACCCAUCUUUUACUCCCGAGAGCCCUGCCUUCCCUCCUGCGACUCCCAGAACUGAAUUUCCUGAAGCCUGGGCCACCGACACCCCACCAGCAACUCCCCGGAGCUCCUGGCCCCUGCCCCGUCCCAGCCCUGACCCCAUGGCCGAACUGGAGCAGCUGUUGGGCAGUGCCAGUGAUUACAUCCAGUCAGUGUUCAAGCGGCCGGAGCCCCUGCCCGCUAAACCCAAGAUCAAGGCUGAGGUGCCGUCUCCCUCCCCGGCCCCAACCUCCUCCUCUCCCGUCCUGCAGAGAGAGACCCCCGUGCCAGCUCCAGAGCCUGACGCCCAUCAGAAGGCCCAGACUGCCUUGCAGCAGCACCUGCACCACAAGCGCAGUCUCUUCCUGGAGCAGGCCCAUGAGGCCUCCUUCCCCACCCCCUCAGACCCACCUGCUUCCAGCUGGUGGGCACCAGCCAGCUCGCCUGCGCCCCGGCCUCCAGAUAGGCCCCCCAAGGAGAAGAAGAAGAAGCCCCUUGCUGCUGCUGUAGGUGCCGUGGGGACGGAGAAAGCAGCCCCGGGGAUCAAGCCCAGUGUGCGCAAGCCUGUUCAGAUCAAGAAGUCCAGACCCCGGGAGGCGCAGCCCCUCUUCCCGCCGCUCAGGCAGAUCAUCCUGGAAGGGCCCAGGGCCCCCACUGCCACCGAGGAAGUGCAGGCACCUGCGCCUGGCACGACCUCCCCAGCGCAGGGCUCUGCUGUCCCUUUGCCCCCAGAACCUUCUCUUGCGCUAUUUGCACCUAGUCCCUCCGGGGACAGCCUGCUGCCCCCUACUCAGGAAAUGAGGUCCCCCAGCCCCAUGGCCACCCUGCAGCCAGGCUCCACUGGCCCCCUUCCCCCUGCCGAUGACAAGCUGGAGGAGCUCAUCCGGCAGUUCGAGGCUGAAUUUGGGGAUAGCUUUGGGCUUCCUGGCCCCACUUCUGUGCCCAUUCAGGACCCCGAGGCCCAGCCCCCUUGUCUCCCUGCUCCUGGGAGCCCCUUCGCCACCCGCUCCCCCAAGCAAAUCAAGAUUGAGUCUUCAGGGGCUGUGACUGUGCUCUCGACCACCUGCUUCCACUCGGAGGAGGGAGGCCAGGAGGCCACACCCACCAAGGCAGAGAAUCCACUAACCCCCACCCUCAGUGGCUUCUUGGAGUCACCCCUCAAGUACCUGGACACGCCAACCAAGAGUCUGCUGGAUACGCCUGCAAAGAGAGCCCAGGCCGAGUUCCCCACCUGUGAUUGUGUUGAACAAAUAGUGGAGAAAGAUGAAGGUCCGUAUUACACUCACCUGGGAUCUGGCCCCACGGUCGCCUCUAUCCGGGAGCUCAUGGAGGAACGGUAUGGGAAGAAAGGGAAAGCCAUCAGGAUUGAGAAGGUCAUCUACACCGGGAAGGAGGGCAAGAGCUCCCGCGGCUGCCCCAUCGCCAAGUGGGUGAUCCGCAGACACACGCUGGAGGAGAAGCUGCUGUGCCUGGUCCGGCACCGCGCCGGCCACCACUGCCAGAAUGCCGUGAUCGUCAUCCUCAUCUUGGCCUGGGAGGGCAUCCCCCGCAGCCUCGGAGACACCCUCUACCAGGAGCUCACCGACACCCUGCGGAAGUAUGGGAACCCCACCAGCCGGAGAUGUGGCCUCAAUGAUGACCGGACCUGCGCUUGCCAAGGCAAAGACCCCAACACCUGCGGUGCCUCCUUCUCCUUCGGUUGUUCCUGGAGCAUGUACUUCAACGGCUGCAAAUACGCUCGGAGCAAGACACCUCGGAAGUUCCGCCUUGCAGGGGACAACCCCAAGGAGGAAGAAGUGCUCCGGAAGAGUUUCCAGGAUCUGGCCACCGAGGUCGCCCCUCUCUACAAGCAGCUGGCCCCCCAGGCCUAUCAGAACCAGGUAACCAAUGAGGAAGUAGCGAUCGACUGCCGCCUGGGGCUCAAGGAAGGGCGACCCUUCUCGGGGGUCACGGCCUGCAUGGACUUCUGUGCCCACGCCCACAAGGACCAGCAUAACCUCUACAAUGGAUGCACUGUGGUCUGCACCCUGACCAAGGAAGACAAUCGCUGCGUGGGCCAGAUCCCUGAGGACGAGCAGCUGCAUGUGCUCCCGCUCUACAAGAUGGCCAGCACAGACGAGUUUGGCAGCGAGGAGAACCAGAACGCCAAGGUGGGCAGCGGUGCCAUCCAGGUGCUCACUGCCUUCCCCCGUGAGGUCCGCCGCCUGCCCGAGCCCGCCAAGUCCUGCCGCCAGCGGCAGCUCGAGGCCAGGAAGGCAGCAGCCGAGAAGAAGAAGAUGAUGCAGAAGGAGAAGCUGAGCACUCCGGAGAAGAUCAAGCAGGAAGCCCUGGAGCUGGCUGGUGUCACGCCCGACACAGGCCUGUCUCUGAAAGGGGCGUUGCCGCAGCCAGGCCUAAAGCCCUCGCUCAAGGUGGAGCCACAGAACCACUUCAGCUCCUUCAAGUACAGCAGCAACGCGGUGGUGGAGAGCUACUCGGUGCUGGGCAACUGCCGGCCCUCUGACCCAUACAGCGUGAACAGCGUGUACUCCUACCACUCCUACUACGCACAGCCCAGCCUGACCUCCGUGAACGGCUUCCACGCCAAGUACGCGCUGCCCUCAUUCGGCUACUAUGGCUUUCCACCCGGCAACCCCGUCUUCCCUUCCCAGUUCCUGGGCCCCGGGGCCUGGGGCCACAGCAGCAGCAGCAGCAGUGGCAGUUUCGAGAAGAAGCCAGACCUCCAUGCGCUGCACAGCGGCCUGAGCCCGGCCUAUGGUGGUGCUGACUUUGCCGAGCUGCCGGGACAGGCUGUUCCAACUGAUGCCCACCUCCCCACGCCUCCCCACCAGCAGCCUGCUUACCCAGGCCCCAAGGAGUAUCUGCUUCCCAGAGCACCCCAGCUCCACACGGCUUCCCGGGAUCCCGUGCCCUUCUCCCAGAGUUCCAACUGCUACACCAGAUCCAUCAAGCAAGAGCCCGUAGAGCCGCUGGUACAGACCGAAGCUGCUCCCCGAGAGCUGGGCAAGCUGGGCAAGCCACCUCUGCCCGAGGCAUCUCAGAACGGGGGGCCCAACCACCUGUGGGGCCAGUUCUCUGGAGGUGCCAACAUGUCUCCCAAGAGGACCAAUGGUGUGAGUGGUAGCUGGGGUGUGUACCCUCCUGGGGACAGCCCUGCCGCUGCUACAGACAAGCUUGGCUCCUUCGGGGCUGGCUGCCUGACCCCUUCACACUUCCCGGAGGGCCAGUGGGGGCUGUUCCCUGGUGAGGGGCAGCAGUCAGCACCCCACACCGGGGGGCGCCUGCGAGGCAAACCCUGGAGCCCCUGCAAGUUUGGAAGUGGCACUGCUGCCACUGCCUCUGCCUUGCCUGGGCCCGGCCUGACAGAGAAGUCGUGGGGUGUGGGUGCAGCAGCAGAUCUCAGUGCUGCCCUCAAGGGCUCACCUGGGCUGCAAGACAAGCUGUGGAACCCCCUGAAAGGGGAGGAAGGAAGGAUUCCGACGCCUGCGGCGGGCCAGCUGGACAAGGCUUGGCCGGGUCUUGGUGGGCCUCUGGGUCCGGGGACGGACAAGCUGUGGGAGCCCUUUGGCCUGGAGGAGGGUCCUGCAGCAGCAGCGGCGGCGGCUUCUGGAGCGCCUGGAGCAGUCGGUGAGGAGCCCGCCUCCAAGGGGGCCGUGAAAGAGGAGAAGGCUGGAGAGGAGGAGGAGGAGGAGCUGUGGUCAGACAGCGAGCACAACUUCCUGGACGAGAACAUCGGCGGUGUGGCCGUGGCACCGGCCCACGGCUCCAUCCUCAUAGAGUGUGCCCGGCGGGAGCUGCAUGCCACCACACCACUCAAGAAGCCCAACCGCUGCCACCCCACCCGCAUCUCGCUGGUCUUCUACCAGCACAAGAACCUCAACCAGCCCAAUCAUGGGCUGGCGCUCUGGGAGGCCAAGGUCAAGCAGCUGGCCGAGCGGGCUCGCGCCCGCCAGGAGGAGGCAGCGCGCCUGGGCCUGGGCCAGCAGGAGGCCAAGCUGUACGGCAAGAAGCGCAAGUGGGGCGGCACCGUGGUGGCCGAGCCGCAGCAGAAGGAGAAGAAGGGGAGCAUCCCCACGCGGCAGGCGCUGGCCAUGCCCACAGACUCGGCCGUCACCGUGUCCUCCUACGCCUACACGAAGGUCACUGGCCCCUACAGCCGAUGGAUCUAGGUGCCAGGGAGCCAGCGUACCUCAGCGUCGGGCCCAGCCCGAGCUGCCUCUGGUGCUUUCGCCCUCAUGCCUGGGGGCGGGUUGGGGGUGCAGAAGUCUUUUUAUCUCUAUACAUAUAUAGAUAAUGCAUAUCAUAUAUAUGUAUUUAUGGUCCAGACCUCAGAGCUGACCCGCCCCGUCCCCCACUUCCCCAGCACUUUGAAGAAACUACGGCUGUCGGGUGAUUCCCCCCCCCAUGAUCUUAAUAUUUAUAUCUCCACCUUUUUUCCCUCCUCUCUUCUUUGGAGGGGCUUUUAUUUCCUUUGUUUUUAAAACUCUAUCCUUGUAUAUCACAAUAAUGGAAAGAAAAUUUAUAGUGUCCUUUCACAAAGGAGUAGUUUUAAAUUCCAUUUAAAAUGUGUAUUUAUUGGGUUUUUUAAAGCGACAAUAGUAAUGGUAAAGGAUGGGCAGGAAAGGCCAGUGGUUGCUCGCUCCUGCUCAGGCCAGCUGGGCCCAGGAGCGGGGACAGCCCCCCAGGCUGUCCCUCCCUGCCACCAGCCCCUGAGCUCUGCUGCAGGAGGGGAGAGUCUGUAUGUAGCCAAACAACCCCGGCUUGCCACUGGGGGCCCCACCCUGGACACCCUGGCCUAGAUCUCCCCCAGAAAUCAGGUUGGAAGUAGACAGCUUCAGGCUUGGUAGUCUCCACACUGAAUCCACUGUCCGUUAUUUAUCAAGUCACACAUUGUCACGGCUCACUAGGCAGCACCUGGGAGCUGAAGGGGCCCCCAGGAGCCAGUGAAUUUGGCGCUGAAGGAAUCUGAGUGGCAGUUUUUGCAAACGCUCCCCACCCCCAAAGUCUAUGCUGGGAUGGAGCAAAGGGCUACUGUAUCUUUCAAAAGUCAGAAGUUGAAUCCAAGCUGUGAAAAGCCCGGCAUGGCCCUGCCCUCGGUGCGCAGGGCUGUGCGGAAACUGGUGCUGUAGCAGAGCCUGGUGCUGUCUCCUCCAGGCUGGGACUCCAGCUCCGCGGGCAGGUUGCAGCCUGCGGGAGCUUGGCGGGGUAACAGCGGUGAGCACGUCCACCCCUCCUCAUGUCCACGUUGGACCCUGGUGCAUGCCUCCCCGAGCCUGCCCCCUCCGUGCUCCUUCGGGGUGGGGCUGGGGGGCAACCCUUACCAGUUUUAAAGUGCAAGAGUCACAUGUUUCUCAGCAGGUUGCUAUGAUUCUCCUCUCUCAUUGGUGCCAUUUCUCCAUCUGAUCAUGUCCUCUCCUUCCUUCCCUCUCCACUCACUUCAACACACCUGUUCUAAAAUUUUGGUGCAUUUGUUCAGUUCUUUGAGGAUGUGGUGCUUAAUUCUUUGUGACAUUAUUGAGCUAGGUUGGGCCCGGCAGGUGGAAGCAGCCCUCCCCUUCAGCAAGGCAGGCUUCUUGGAGUGUGUUUUCCUGUGGCAUUGACAGAAGGGAAGUCCGGCUACCUGUGGGGACGUAUGUGGUGAGUGUGGGAGAGGCAGGCGGCCGCCACGCCCUGGGAUCAUCAUUCGGUAUUUCUCGCGCAGUCUUUGUCAGACGUAGGUCCUCAUUCAUCAGUAGAGUCUAACAAUCAGAUGAUGAUGCUGAAGGCAGGCGAGUCCCUGAGCUUCCAGGUGCCUUGUGUAGGAGCGGAGAGCUGGCCGCUGGGCGCUCCUGGGGCCUCGGCUGCGAACGCCAGCGGGAUGGCCGCAAGACGUCCUGUGCAUUCACGUGGUCUGCUUUUCACUGUAUAUAGGGAGAGAGUUUUUUAAGCACUUUUGCCUAGAUUUAAGCAGCAACUUGAAAAAAAAAGUUUUAACAUGUAAUUGUGGGAGAAACUGUAAAUAGUAACUGAAUAUUUAAUGUGCUUUGUCUAUCCUCCACUUUGACCAUAUUCUGUAAAGUUGCAUUUAUUUUACAGGACAAAAACAAAAUAUUAUUGUUUUGGAAAUAAAUACCCAAGAGCUUAUCAGGACUUAGAAUUAUUCAGAAUUCAGAUUUAUAGGAAAAAACCUCUGACCUUCAGUGUGACAAGCUAAAGGAAGCAGAGUCUUAACAAGCAUGCUAAUUUUCUAGUUUUGAGGAAGAGUUGGGUCCUUGAAAUGCUAUUUUGCUUAUCGCAUCAGUACUCUUAUGCAGGUCUCAUUUGACUCCGUGCUUAGGUAGAUGCGGGGGUGCCUUGAAAACUUCAUUUUAAAUGAUCUUAAGCAAGAGAUAUGCUAUUUUACGAAAACAUGUGGCGACUGUGACUGUCUGCGUGACCCGUGGAAGCCCCAGGUUGGCUGUUGGUUUGGAAGGUCCCGCGUGUAACCCAGGUGAUGCCCGUGCUGGGCAGGUGUGAAUCUUCCUGUGUGUCCGGUAUGCUUCCCGCCCCCCACCCCGGCCCCUUGGUAGCAAAGCCAUUAGAUGCAAGGAGAACCCAGUACAAGCGCGAAGCAUGUGACAGCCGUGCCCCCUCCCCGUGCCAGCCCAUGAGCGACUAGGGUAGGACGCAGGCUGCUGCGAGGUGAGGCCGCGGGGCCCCCCCGCCAGCCGAGCCGGCCCGUGCCCACUCUCCACACUACACGUGUAACCUACCUCAAAGCUCAGUCAUUGACGUCCGCAUGCUUUAGUUGUGUGCUUCAAACGUAACUAUGCACAGCUCUUUGUCUCCCCCGUGCUGCUGAAGGUUUCCUAGAAGAAGCAGAUUUUUAUUUUUUACUGGCACUAUCAUUUUUUUAAAAGUCCUAAAAAUGAUUGACAUUUGUAUCAUGAGAAGAAAAAUAAAGCCAUCGCAAUUACAGAACCUAAAGCAUGACCACGUCCUAAGAGUGCCGACAUGGUGACAGCAGACAGGGCCUGAGUCCCCGCCACCACCCUCGCGCAGUGCAGGCACCCCCCCCCCCACGUUGUUUGGUUUUUCUCUGCCUUGGUGUGUGAGGGAAGCACUUGCCGAGUUCUUAGCUAAGAGAUUUUCCCCCCCAGAAUAGAAGUUGCUUCACGGCAGGUUCUCACAAAAUAACUGGUGCUAGCUUAAAAAACCCUUACCUAACCCCUGGCAGCCUGGCUGCAGGUCUCGUGCUGGGCAGAGUCGGCGACUCCCAGCCCGGCUCCCUGGGUUCCUCUACCUUCUGAGAGGACAGCGUGGGCGUGGCGACAGGUCCCCAGCGGGGCCCCUCAGGCCUCUCUGGGACAGAGUGACCUUCCUGAAGUGAGGAAUGAAGCAAAGCUUAGGGCUUUGCAGAUGUGUAGGUGUGUGAGGCCGGGUGCCAGGGAGUAGAAGGAAUGUGAAGUCGUUGAGCGAAACCCAGCCAGACUUGCUUCUCCACUGUUUCAGCACAGCAGGGUGUCGCAGUGAGGCAGAGCUGGCCGAAGACUCCUAUCCCUGACGUGCCUCAACUAAGCUCUCUUCCCUUUUGUUACUGCAGUGCGUUUUAUGGCCUAGGAAGCAUUUUUAUGAAUUGAAAUCGUCUAAAUAAAAUGGUGCUACGGUGUUUUAAUGUGACUGUCCCUGAUCCUGUCUUGCUGAGGUGCUAGCCCCAUGCUGAAACCACAACCAACCAAAAACGAGGUGGGCUCCAGUCUCUCGGCUUCUUCGUGUCCCCUCACCCCAUCCUUCUUUUGGUGCUGUCUUUGGAAACCUCUGUUUACCAUGCUUGGAUCCGCUCUGGGCGGCUGUUUUGCUUUGUUCCACUGUUCUUCCCCUAGUGGCCAAAAACGGUCCCAACCAAGGCAGGUGGGGAAGCGGCCAGCUCCCUCACUGUACAGGGGACUGGGGUUUGCCUGGCGGGCAGGUGCAUUCUGACACGCAGGCCUGAGGAGCGGUUGCAGAGAGGAGUGAGGUGCUCCCGCCCCUGUGGGUGUGGCCGCCGUCGGCAGAGCCCGGAGCGGCCCAGGUGCUAGGCAGACAUCUCUGGGAGGGGUCCUGCCGGGACCAGGGCGGGCAAGGGGCACACUCCCCACAGCUCGCAGCCUGUACCCAGUGUGGACCCUCCCUUGUGGGCAAUGCCUCAUGUUGAAGCUUUCCAGGUUUGCUGGGGCUGCUUCCUAGUUGGUGCUGUUAUGAAUUUUCUUGGGUCCACAGAAGCUGAUGUUUCCAAAACUCCACAGGAAGCCCCACUGUGUGUCAUCCACUGUCACCGUGGUUUUUUUUUAAAUACCUCAAAAACACGACAUGGUGACAACUUGGCGAGGUGGUGUCCAUGAGGGUCUGAUUCCUGUGGGUGGUCCAUCUGACUGUGUCCUGGACCCUGAGGAGUCUCAGGGUCACUCUGGUUUUCCAUCUCAGCAGUCAGCAUCACUGAAAGAACAAAAGCAGGUAGGCUGGGGUGGUUGACUGAGUCUCAACUUUGCUUUAAAACAGUGCGACUCUCCUGCCUGCCCACAGCUCCCAGUUUGGCCCUGGCGCGGGGGGCGUGGGCUGGAGUGACACCCCCUGAAUCUAGUUCCUCUGCAGCAUGUGCUCUUGUGCACAUGCACAGCCAACUUUAGUGUCCUCUGGACCAAAACCAACACUUUGAGGUGCACACCCCCAGCCUUGCUUGUCCUGCCCCACCGGUGCUCCCAGCUCUUGUCCUGUGGGCAAGAGUCCAGCAAUAGCUUCUCCCCUGAGCAGAGGCUGCAGCGCAGAAAUGCCAAGUCUGCAACCCCCCCCCCCUUUUUUUCUUUGCUCCCAGAGUCGGUGAGCGGGUUGAUGUACUUCCUUGUUGGCUUCUGUUCUGAUGAUCAGGGAUGCUUUCCGAGUGGUACUGUCCUGUUCUCCUGUGACAGAACAACCUGUCAGCCACCCGGGGGGAGCUCCGUGCAAACCCAACCGGCUCAUGUGAACAUUCCAAACUGUCUUGGUUCCCACACAGGAAUUCUUGUUUCUUUUCUUUGGUGAAGGGAGAGGAGAAGAGAGCAGGAGUAAUGUCAUUUCUUUUCCAUGUGUUCAAGACAGGUGGCAGAGUGGAAAUAUGAACGCAUUAGACUUAAUCUAGAACCCCUGUAGUUUUUUGAGGUGUUUUAGUUUUUUAUCUCUUCAAAUUCCUGUUUGGUUCCCUGGCUUCCAAUGGAGGUGUACUUAACAACCAUACUUGAAUAUUCCGUCUUUGUAAACUGUGGCUACUUGAAAUGAAGUUUAUCUGGGGUUGAUGGAUGAAUGGUAGAUUUUUUGCAAUGUCUCAAGGCAAUAGGAUGUGUAUUAUUAAACUGUAGAUAUUCUUAGUAAAUUUAUGCUGAUAAUUUUAUUUUGUAUAAUUUUUAUCUUUUCGUUAAUUUUUUCCUUCUGCUUUUAUUGGUUUGCCUCCUGAUGACCCCUCCUCACCCUCCCUUCCUGCCCUCCCCAGUGUUUCAGUAAAUUUAAUUUAGGGUGCCUAGAAAUUGCAAGUAUGUAUCCUUUUUUGAUUUGUAUUUUAUUAUAAUUUACACAAACAACUGGGUUUGUGAACUGUAUUACUCCUGGUAUCUUUAAAAUAUUGUGGGUGUUUUAAUAAAUUUUAUAUUUAUUUUUUGCACUCAAA